AUGAUUUUGUUAGCAGUGCUAAUGUAUGGUUGUUGGUUAGCACAGAAUCGAUCACAGUACGCAGAAUUGCUGGGACCAAGUUUAUUUGUGGAUGUUGCCCGUAUUAUGAUUGUUAGCUCAAUAUUUGCAUUUAUCAAUACGAGCAUAUCCAUUUAUGCUUUAACGAAAGAAAUGCGAUGUUUUAUGUAUUCGUAUGUAAUAGCUAGCGGUGUAAUAUUUGUAAUGAUGUUUGUUGGUGGUGUUAUGGGUUUUGUAUUCAGAUAUCAGUUACAACAUAGAAUACCACUUCAUCUCAAAAUGCUUACAUCACUGCGUGAACUUUAUGGAUUGCCAGAAAUGGAGGGAAUUACUUAUGCUUGGGAUGAACUUCAGAGCAAUUUUAAUUGCUGUGGAGUAAAUGGUACCGAUGAUUUGACUGUUUGGAAGACAUCGAAAUGGUUUAUGCAUCAGAAGGGAUCCAAACAAAAACUUCCAUUAUCAUGCUGUGUAAAUGAAAUGGUCCAUCGCUGUCUGGAAACCAAUUUGUAUCAUCCGGAUGAAUCAGUCGUUCAUACCAAAACAUGCUACAUGUUGCUACGAUCUGAUUUAUUAAAAGUAAUGCAUGUCGCUGCUUGGCUCCUCAUUAUUGCCAGCAUAAUCAUGGUAAUACCUACUAUGUUCGCAGGAAUUUAUGCUCGCCUUAUCAAGAAGUAG